AUGGACAAACCUUUACACAUUUUUUUAAGAUCAUUGGAAAAGUUUGAAACAAAAAACUGCUCUUGGCUAAGUGCUCAUGAUGUAACUAUAUAUGGGCCUCUACUUCAAAGUGUUUUAGUAGUACAAGACCUUGAGUCAGUAACUCGUGAGCCACGUAGCUGCACAAUCAAAUUUUCUGCUUCAUGUAUGAAAGAAUUCACUUAUCAAGGAUAUGGUGGUAUAUCACAGCCCAUUGUUCUGUCAAAUCCAUCCGCAGCCCGUGACGCUUUUGUUAAGAUUAUGUUGGAUAGGAGUGGGAGUUAUGUUCAAGAAACUGGAUCAUGUGCUUGUCUCCUUCUCAAGUGUUUUAGUCAAGCGAAGCGUAUCGAAUUUCACGGAUCAGAGGUUCUUACACAAGCAAAUAUGAUUGUUCUAUCAAGAUUUGCAAUGUUGAGCCAUUUGGAUCUAGGCGUUAUUACUGGUGAAGUUUUGUUGAGCUUACUUCAAAAGUCUCCUAUUCUCAAUACUCUUGUUUUAAAGGAAAUAUCAACAUUCGACCAAGAGCUUCUGAAUUCUGCUGCUGUGCCCGAGUGUUUGGCAUCAAGUCUCCGAUUUGUGAAAUUUGGAAGUGUCGAUGGAUCCCAGCCAGAGUUAUUUUUGGCUAAAUAUUUUAUGGAAAAUGGCGUAGUGCUUGAGAGGAUGAGUUUCUGCAUUGUCAAUGGAUGGCUGAGUAAUUCUAAGUAUAUUUGUGCUAAGUGUGUUGUAUGUGAAGACAUAAAAGUAAGCAACAUCAUGUUGGAUUCAGAGUUUAAUGCAAAACUGGGAGAUUUUGAUUUAAUAAGGUUUGUGGAUCAUGCAAAAGGUGCACAAACAACAGCUUUAGCAGGGACUAUUGGAUACUUGACUCAUGAAUUUGCUAUCACUGGAAGGGCUAGUAAUGGAACUGAUGUGCUUAGUUUAGGUGGCUUGUGGAAGAAAACCAGUACAUAUUAA